GAGCCGCCGAACAAGAUGCCGCUUUCAACAGGGAACGAGACUCCUUACGAGGAAAAGCUCAUACCCGGUGAAAAACAAACUUACAAUCGUAUGAUAAACCUAAAGGUGGCCGAGAUUCAAAAAGACCACCUCUUCACAUGGAAGGAACUGGAUAAGGAUACGCAGGAAAGAGUGCAGAAUGAAAUCAUCCGUAAGCUCGAGGAACAAAAGUUGCCCGAAGCCAAGCCGGAAACAACAAGGAAAGAGCCGUGGAGCGCCGCCACCCUAGUGCCGAGCGAAUCUCCACCUUAUGACCCAGUUCGGGACGCUGCUGCACAGCAUCAGAUCUUGCUCCUGAAUGCGCAGAAACGUGGACCCAACCUGGAGGGCUAACGGGUGAGGCCCCAGGUUAUGCAGACGCUAUCUCAAAUAAAACCGUCAUCUCCACGGACAUGCCAUGAUUUUCUACUCCCGAUUCUUAUCACACUAUACCUCAGUGUACUUAGCUCACUACAUGCCCAAUGAUUACGGCUUAAUCUAUCAAUGGCCAUUGGCGACUG